GUUCCAUAAAACCACUCGGCCCGGCCAUUUUCGUGAAUCACAAGUAGAGUUGUCCUCCGUUAAGAAAAUGUCGGAUUCGUCAAAUGGAGUGUCCAAGUUGCUUCGGCGGCCGUAGAAUUAAAUUAUCGUGAUAAUAUAGAGACGAUCGAUAAUAUUUCAAAGUAACAUUAGUGGUGAUCUCAACGAUAAAACGUAUGUAGAGCAAUAGACAUAGAAAAUCAUGGCUGAAAAUGUACAAGAAACUGACGAUGCAAAACUUGCUGCUGGGGCCGAAAAACCCCGCGUGGAUCCAAAUUUAUUUGUGGCCGCCAUCGACUUUGGGACAGCCUACUCAGGUUAUGCCUUCUCGUCACGAGGCGAUUUUACAACGGACCCUCUCAAAAUUUCAGCACAUCAAUGGAACAAAGAUUUGAUAUCGCACAAAACUCCAACAAGUGUUCUGCUAGAUGAGAAAGGAAAAUUAGAUAAAUUUGGAGAUGAAGCAGAAAAGAAAUUCAUGGAAUUAUCAGAGGACAACAAUCACACAAAAUUUUAUUUUUUCCGUAGAUUUAAAAUGCUACUAUAUACUACUGAUGAUAUGAGGAAUAAGAGGCUGACAAAACAAACCAAAUUGCCUGACAUCAGUGGAAAAGAGUUGCCAGCCAUUGAUGUUUUUUCAAAUGCCAUACAGUACAUGAAGGACCACCUUCUGAAUGAAAUUCAGAAAGAAGAAAUAUGUAUAAAACCAGAGGAAAUACGUUGGGUAUUGACAGUUCCAGCGAUUUGGAAUGACAGAGCUAAACAGUUUAUGCGGGAUGCUGCAGAACAGGCAGAAAUAAGAGGAGAUUGUCUUACAAUAGCAUUAGAACCUGAAGCAGCAUCCAUCUACUGCAAACACUUACCAAUAACUCAAAUACAAACCGUUGGAAGUAAAGGAUUUGGUAUUUUUCAUCCAGGCAGUCGCUACAUUGUUUUGGAUGCGGGAGGGGGAACAGUGGAUAUUACGAUUCAUGAAGUGUUAAACAACGGAAAUAUCAAAGAACUAGAAAAAGCCAGUGGUGGGGCUUGGGGAGGUACAUAUGUUGAUGAAGAAUUUCAUAAAAUGCUCGAGGAAAUCAUUGGGAAAGAUGAACUUAAAGAAUACAAGACUGAACAUCUUGAUGAUUUCAUCCAGAUAUGCAAUGAUUUAGAAAUCAAAAAACGACUAAUUUCUACUAAAAGUACUAACAUUAACUUUAAAAUUCCUUCAUCUCUAAAAGAAAAGUGCAAAAGUGCCAAAAAUUGCAAAUUGGAGGAUUUGAUCAUGAGUUCAAAAUUUAGUGAGGAUUUAGAAUGUAAAAGGGAUAAAUUACACUUCAAAGAUUCAUUAGUGAGAAAAUUAUUUUGCAAUGUUUGCACUGAAAUUGUAACCCAUGUGAAAAAAUUGUUACAAGAAAAACAACUUCAAAAGGUUGAAACCAUUCUAAUGGUUGGUGGAUUUUCGGAAUCACUUUAUCUGCAAGAAACGAUCAAGUCAGAGUUCGAGGAUUUCCGCAUAGUUAUUCCAAACGAAGCAGGUUUGGCUGUAUUAAAAGGUGCAGUUUUGUUCGGACAUGAACCUCAGAUUAUCACUUCAAGGAUUGCAAAAUACACGUACGGAGUAGACACUCUGUCCCGCUUUAAACCAGGACAUCAUCCUGCUGAUAGAAAGAUCACCGUCGAAGAUACUGAUUAUUGUUCAGGUGUAUUCAGCAAGCACGUCACCAAGGGAGAUGAACUAAAGAUAAAUGAAGCACAGGAUGAGCAGUCUUACUGUCCAGUGCGCAAAACUCAGAAAGCAAUUUUGUUCAACGUAUACACGUCAACAAACAAACAUCCACGAUACGUGGAUGAUCCAGACUGCAGUUAUCUCGGGUCUCUGAAUGUGGAUAUUCCAGAUACGACAGGUGGAACGGAUCGGAAGGUUUUUGUGCGAUUCAUCUUCGGAGGAACUGAAAUCAAGGUCGAAGGAAAAAAUGACCUAACAGGAGAAAUUACUGCAGUCAAAUUUGACUAUUUUGAUAAUAACCCUGGAGGUGGAGAAGAGGAAUUAUGUGGUUUGACUUCCGACUUGGAAGAAAUCUAUAGAAGAUGAAGAUCAUUUUCAUGCAAGUCGGAGAAUCUAUGGAAAAUGAAGAAACAUUAUCUAAUAAUGUUAGAUCAUUCGUUUGUUCUGAGGACUUGUACAAAUGCAUGAACUUUUUUAAGUAUGUGAUUGAAAGUUGAGUUCAUUUGGAUUGAUGUACAUUUAUAUCUAAUGUGCAUUAUGAUUUUUAUUAUAUAUA